AUGAAAUCGACCACUGCAUUGAAAUCAGAGUUGGCAGUUGUAUACGGACUUGAAGGAGUUGGACUGGAUCCUUCCCAAUUCAGAGUCCAUCACCAUUACCAUAAAGACGAGGAGAAUGAUGCCUUGGUUGGUGGCCCAGCUCAGCUCACUGAUGAGGAGAAAUAUAGGGACUGUGAAAGAUUCAAGUUUUGCUGCCUCAAAUGUGGAACAGAAAAUAUUUAUGACAAUGUCUUUGAUGGUUUGGGGCGAUUUAUUGAACCCAGCUUGCAAAGGUGCAGUAAGACUGACUGUGAAGAGCCUCCUUUCAACUACGUGGUUCAAAUGAACAACAAAUUGCUGUUGGAUAUUAGACGCUACCUCAGAAAAUAUUAUAAUGGUUGGUUAAUAUGUGAGGAGCCAACUUGCCAGAAUCGAACCCGUCGACUCCCCCUGAGUUUUUCCCGCAGUGGCCCUGUGUGCCAGGCCUGCAAGAAGGCUGUCCUGAGGCCAGAGUAUUCUGAUAAGGCCCUGUACACUCAGCUCUGCUUUUACCGAUACAUUUUUGAUGUGGAGUAUGCAAUGGAUAAAGUGGUUACUGAAGAUGAUAGAG